AUGGCGGACACUGUCUUGAAGCAUCGAGCUGAGUUUGCCUUUGCUCAGCUUGAGAACGAGAGAUCUCUGACAUCUCUUCGUGACGAGCUAAGGGUAUCUCGUGGGAUUGUUGAUCGGUCUCGGGAUGAGAUAACUGCUCUUCAGACCCUUGUCGAUGCCCACCAUCGGGAGCACAAGGCUCUCUGCGAGAUGCUUGAGCGCAAGGGCGUUCUUCAUCGGAAGAAGCAGCGUACUGAUGGCACGGCUUAA